GUUGAACUCUCAAUCAACACAGUUCAGCGAGAUCAUUCCAACAGAACCAUCACACUAAUCCUUUCAGUGACCCGGGUGUCUGACUAGAGUUCUAACCAGCGUGACGAUGGCAUUCAAAUUCCUUGCAGUUUUCGCCGUUCUGGCCGUGGCCGCCGCCCAGCACUACGAUCCCCACUACUACCAGCCUCAGCCUCAGUACCACCAGCCCCAGUACCAUGCCCAGCCUGCCCUGGUGAAGACCGUCCAGCCAGCCAUCGUCAAGACCAUCCAGCCCGCUCUAGUCAAGACCGUGAAGCACGUCGAGUACCCGGAUUCCCCCGCUGAGUACCAGUUCCAGUACUCCGUCCACGAUGAGCACACCGGAGACAUCAAGAGCCAACAGGAGGAGCGUCACGGAGAUGACGUCAAGGGACAGUACACCCUGAUCGAUGCCGAUGGUCACCGUCGCAUUGUGGACUACACCGCCGAUGAGCACAACGGAUUCAACGCCGUCGUCCGCCGUGAACCCCUCGAGGGACACAAGAUCGUCAAGACCAUCGCUCCGGUUGCCAAAGUGAUUGCCGCGCCGGUCGCCAAGGUGUACAGCCCAGUGGCCAAGGUUGUCGCUCCAGUGCACUACGGACACCCGGAACCCCACUACUCGCACUACUAGAGAGAUCAUUAGGCAGCAUACCUCCGCACUGAUCCCAUCUAUGUCUCAUUCUUAGGCUACACAAUAUGCCAUAUUUUCAUCUCUUAGCUGUUAUACCUCACUCUCACAAACUAGUUUAAUUUAACCGCAUAUGUAAAUAAACAAAUUUAUAAUUGAAAUGAA